AUGGAUAAGACUCAGGAGAAGGUCGAGCAGCCUGUCGCUCAGGCUGAAGCUGCCGCAGCCGUUGAGGCCGAGAAGGUCGAGAAAGCAGUCGAAAAAGCCGACGAGAAGCAAGUCGAGGAGAAGAAGGACGCUGAACAAGCUCCCUCGAAGCCCGCCGAAGACAAAAAGGAUGCUGAACCUGCCGAGCAGGUCAAGACUGAAGCUCCUGGAGCUGCUACAGCGCAGGACAAGACCGAGGAGUCUGCGCCAGCGGAUAACCGUCCAGAGUACCUGACGAAACAUGCCGGGCUCACCCAGCUCUUCGACCGAUUGCCGGCCAUCCUCGAGGCUACGGGCCACAAUGAGAUGUGGGGAGUGACCUUGAAGGACACAGAGGACAUUCCCACCGUCAAUAUCAUGAUCAAGUUCCUUCGUGCCAACGAGGGUAACGUGAAGGCGGCAGAAGAGCAGCUUACCAAGGCCUUGGAGUGGCGCAAGGAGAUGAAGCCCCUCGAGAUUGUCAAGAACAUGAAGUUCUCGGCUAAGAAGUUCAAGAACUUGGGCUUCAUCACCACGUAUGGCGUCGGCGAGGCCAAGUCCGUCUUCACAUGGAACAUCUACGGUGCCGUCAAGAACAUUGACGAGACCUUUGGCGAUCUUAAAGGGUUUAUUAAAUGGCGCGUUGCUCUCAUGGAGCUCGCCAUCCACGAAUUGAACCUGGACAAGGCAAAGACCGUCAUCCCAGCCAUUGGCGAAGACCCCUACCAGAUGUUCCAAGUCCAUGACUACCAGAACGUCAGCUUCCUCCGCAUGAGCCCAACCAUCCGCAAUGCCUCCCGCGAGACUAUCACCGUCUUCAGCAUGGCCUACCCAGAGCUUCUGCGCGAGAAGUUCUUCGUCAACGUCCCUACCGUCAUGGGAUGGGUCUUCACUGCUCUCAAGGUCUUCCUGAGCAAGAACACCAUUCGCAAGUUCCACCCUAUCACCAAUGGCUCUGCCCUGGCCCGCGAGUUUGGUGAAGCUGGUGCCGAGUUCCCCAAGUCAUAUGGCGGAAAGAACGCUGAGUUGGCUGAAAGCAGCAUGACUGUUGCUCUCAUCGACGACAUUUCCCAGGAGCGGGAGACUAAGGCCGAGCCAAAGACCGAAACUGGUGCUGAGACAAAGGCCGAAACCAAAGCUGAAGAGCCAAAGGCAAAGGAAGCUCCUGAGACCAAACCAGAGGAGGCCAAGACUGAGACUCCUACUGCUCCUGUGCCUGAGAAUACCAUUUCUGAAGCCACCGAUAAGCCAGCUGGCGAGGCCAAUGGAGCUCCCAAGGUCGCAGGAGAGACUGUCCCAGCCCCCGCCCCAGCCGCUGCCCCGGCCAACUAA